UGCUGGUUGAUGUUUGUCCUUUAGACCGCGCCGCUGUACCAGUGAGCCCUCUGUCUGCAACACGGAAGACCCUCGUAGUCCAACAAAGUGUUUUGAACUCUUUGCAUGGUUUCUAAUCCAGUAGACCCCGUCAGGCUGAGAUGACGGCUCGCGGCACUCCUAGUCGUUUUUUACAGAGUGUUCUUCUGAACGGGGUGGGCCGGUAUGUGUGCCAGCUGAAGCGCGUCUCUCUCAUCUUCUCCAAGAAAGGCCAGAGCUCUUUAGGGGUCAGGGAAUUCGUUGAGGAUGGUGUAGUUGACUUUGCCAAGAAGAACCCAGGAAUUGUUGUCUACGUCUCUCCCCAAUCCUGCAGAAUUCCCAAAAUAGUCGCCGAAUAUCUCAAUGGUAACGUGAAGGAAGAGCUGGUCACCAACAAAACAUCACAGCAGAUUGCAGAACUGAUCAUGAAAUUGUCCAACCAGUCAGGUCUGGACAUCAUCCGCAUCCGAAAGCCCUUCCACACAGACAGCCCCAGCAUCCAGGGUCAGUGGCAUCCCUUUACCAACCGGCCACCGAGCAAAGAUCCAAUUGGACCACAAGCAAAAUGAGGACUUUGUCAUUAUAGAGUUCUAUUUAUACUGCAUUGGCUAUUCAGCCAACUCGAUAUAAAGUAAUGUAAUCCUUUUGGUUACAAACUUUUUUUUUUUUUUACAGUACUCAUAAUAUUUCAUGAGGAACCCGAUUAAUGCAUUUUGGAGAAUGUUUUGCUUGAAUACAGUGAGAGAAAUGAAAAGAGAUUUGACCUGACUAAUCUGUGUUAUAGUGCUGGAUUUAUGUUAAUUCAGCGUACCCCACUGCUAACACACUGUCUCCAUCACCAUUGCUGUGUUCCUGUUGAUCUUGGGUGUCUGCCUACUGAGAGUGACCACUCUAUUGUAGGGAAUAAAUUUUUGAAAUCAGGUUGUUAAGUGAGCUAAACUUUAACUAUCCACAGAAAAUAAUGGUUGUAAUAGGCAUCUGUUUAUUGUAGAAAUGCGAUUAUUGGAUAUAUGGAAACAAAAACUUUGGAUACUUGUAUACAGUAUUAAUUUUGCAUAUUAUGUGCUAUUAUUGGAAAAUGUAUGAUUUACAGAUCUUUACAGAAAGUAGACAUUAUCAAUGAAUAACAUUUAUAGUGACAGACA